AUGAUAGUUUUUGUUUUUAUUCGUUUUCUCGAUUGGAAUAGAAUGAUUGGAGUACUCGUACCUUACCUGAGUAAAGUCCAUCGCAGUUAUCAAUCAAACGAUAUCGUUGAUCGAUUGAAUUAUCAAUACACUACAAUUAUCAUUGGUCUAUGUGCAUUAACUCUAGCUGCCACACAAUAUGUAGGAAAACCUAUUCAGUGUUGGGUUCCAGCUCAAUUCACUGGUGCAUGGGAAAAGUACGCAGAAACCUAUUGUUUCAUUAAAGGCAGUUAUUUCUUACCGAUGGAUAAUUUUAUUCCAGACGACUAUAAUUCUCGCGAUGAGCUUGUAAUUGGAUAUUAUCAGUGGGUGCCAAUUGUUUUAGCUUUACAAGCUUUUCUAUUUUAUUCACCGUCAAUCAUCUGGAGAGCAUUCAAUUUCCGAACAGGCAUAAAUGUGAAAGGUGUACUCACUUCGGCCGCUAUGGUGAAGAAGAAGUUUGAUAAAGGAUCCAGAAUUGCGCAAGUUCAUUUGGCUGCUGACCACCUUAAAGAAGCGCUUGAAUUACAAAGAGAGCUUAAAAGCGAGUCCUACGAAUUUUUUCGCUUCGGUAAACGAAGUGGUAUAUAUCUGAUUGGUCUUUAUUUAUUCACUAAGAUGCUAUAUGUGGCAAAUGUUAUUCUACAGUUCGUUAUAUUGAAUGCUUUUCUGGGUCCACAGUACACGUUUUGGGGCGCUGGUAUUUUGUCGGAUAUUUGGAAUGGCAAAGAAUGGGAAGAAUCGGGGCAUUUUCCGCGCGUAACCCUAUGCGAUUUUCAUGUUCGUGUUUUGGGAAAUAUUCACCGUUGGACCGUUCAAUGCGUUCUAAUGAUCAAUAUGUUCAACGAAAAGAUUUACAUUUUUUUAUGGUGGUGGUUUAUUCUUGUGGGAAUACUUUCAAUACUUUCUAUGGUGUAUUAUACAAUUGCUCUUUCGAUUUCUGGAAAUCAAAGCGAUUUUGUCGCAAGAUAUUUGCGUUGUGCUGGUAUAUUGCCGGAAAAUAGCGAUUAUCGAAACGAACGAGUUUUUAUAGAUUUUUUAAAAAAAUUUUUGCGUCCUGAUGGAGUAUUCCUGUUGCGACUAAUAGAGGUUGUUUCCGAUUAUUCAAUAUUAAAAUAA